GAUUUGAUAUCAAGUAUCAACAUACGUAUCUCACAAUAUAUAUGGUUGAUGUUCAAUUGCACAGUAGAAAGCAGAUAGCCUAGUGCCUACCCCAGUUUUGAGAUAUGCCCUGUAAUCCUGCAUGCAUGGUCUGUGUCUGACUAAUGCUCCCAAGAGACAGAACAGAACUGUCUGAUCCGUAGUGCGGCUGUAAGGUCUACGUGAUCUGUCUUCAGUUUUCGUUCUCCGUCCUUCAUACAAUGGCUGCAGCUGAAGGUAUUGGCAACGCCGAUUACAAAUUAGCAACAUCAAUUUACGAUUUUACAGUGACAGAUAUAGAUGGAAAUCAAGUGUCACUCGAGAAGUAUAGAAAUCAUGUCUGCAUUAUCGUAAAUGUAGCUUCAAAAUGCGGUUACACUCACGUAAACUACACACAACUGGUGGACUUACAGGAAAGAUUCGAGUCUAAAGGUUUAAAAAUUUUGGCCUUUCCUUGUAACCAGUUCAUGUCACAAGAACCUGGCACUAGUGAAGAAAUCAAAUGUUUCAUAUCUGGGUACAAAGGAGAUGGGAAAUUUGACGUAUUUUCCAAAGUUAACGUCAACGGCGAGGACGCUCAUCCUCUUUGGAAAUAUCUCAAAGAAAAACAGGGCGGUUUGCUGAUCGACGCAAUUAAAUGGAACUUCACCAAGUUUGUAAUCAACAAACAAGGACAGCCGGUGGAACGAUGUGCAGCUAACGUCAAUCCUUUUGACAUGGAGAAAUCGAUUGUGAAAUGCUUGAAUGAAUAAAUGGCGUGUUCAGAUUAUUAAAAAAACAGAAUUAAUUAAAAUUCGAAUGAGCAGUGAAAUAGGAGCUUUGUAUUGCCGUGAUGUGUCUUCAAGUUGGGUGCUAAGAAUUCGGAUGACUUCAGAGCUUCAGAAUAAAUCAUUGAAAUAUCGUUAAAAAAAA